AUGAUAUCACAAGCAGAGUAUUCUAAAGAGAAAAAGGUCGGAGAAGGUACUUAUGCCGUUGUCUAUGUCGGCACUAAGCAAUCGAGCAACCGAAAAGUAGCAAUCAAAGAAAUCAAGACCUCGGGAUUCAAAGAUGGCUUGGAUAUGUCGGCCAUUAGGGAGGUCAAAUACCUACAAGAGAUGCAGCAUAUCAAUGUCAUUGAACUAAUAGAUGUUUACAUGGCUCAAAGCAACCUAAAUUUGGUAUUAGAGUUUCUUCCGGCAGAUUUAGAGAUGAUUAUCAAGGAUACCGCUAUUCUAUUCACUCAAGCCGAUAUAAAGUCUUGGCUUCUCAUGACGUUGAGAGGCGUACACCACUGUCAUAGAAACUUCAUCCUGCACCGAGACCUGAAACCCAAUAAUCUUCUGCUGGCACCAGAUGGCCAGCUUAAGUUGGCUGACUUUGGACUGGCAAGGAACAUGGGGUCACCUCAAGACUUUCUAACUAGUAAUGUGGUAACAAGAUGGUAUAGGGCACCAGAACUGCUAUUCGGCGCCAGACAUUAUACAGGGGCGAUCGAUAUGUGGUCUGUGGGCGUAAUUUUUGCGGAGCUUAUGCUGAGAAUACCUUACCUGCCUGGCAAAGAUGACAUUGAUCAAAUUGAUGUUACUUUCAGAGCCCUAGGAACGCCAACAGAUAAGGAUUGGCCUGAAAUCUCGACUUUUGGUACUUACAACAAGAUUCAAUUUUAUCCACCACCUUCAAGAGAAGAACUGAGGAGACGCUUUAUAGCGGCAACAGAGAACGCUCUUGACUUGAUGAGCGGCAUGUUAAUAAUGAAUCCUCACAAGAGAUGGGAUCCUAUUCAGUGCCUGACAAACCAAUAUUUUGUGGAGCUUCCUGAACCUACCACACCAGCUGACUUACCCCAGUUAAACAAGAAAUAA